UCCAGAUGUGCUCAAAACAGAGCCUCUGUGUGGACGCUUCAGCCCCUAUUCCAGAGAGAGUAGGAUUAAGAAGGUGCAGGCUCCGUCCCACCCAGGGGGUGGCUGUCUGCUCCACCCUGCUAAGGCAGGACGAGGGCAUCACUGCAUUUCUGGAAAGGAGGGUAGAGGAAUCUUGUCUUCUCUCUGGGACGAACUCAGGAGCCCACCUGUAGCGACUGGGUCCUCCCUGGAUCUGAGGGCCGAGUUUUCACCUCUUUGGAGGAAGACAUGUGUUGGAAGACUUUGCUGCUUCUGCUGCUGUAUUACAAUGCUCAGGCUACCGUGUCCCAUGGAUGGAGCAGGGCUGUUCUCUUCCCUGCUGCCCACCGGCCGAAGAGGUCCUCCUCUGUGCCCCUGAACCCUGUCCUGCAGACCUCCCUGGAGGAAGUGGAGCUGCUCUAUGAGCUCCUGCUGGCCGAGCUUGAGAUCAGCCCUGACCUGAAGAUUUCUGUCAAGGAUGAGGAGCUGGCCUCCCUGCGCAAGGCCUCAAACUUCCACACAGUCUGCAAUGACGUGAUCCCCAAGCGCAUCCCCGACAUUCGCAGGCUGAGUGCCAGCCUGGCCAGCCGCCCCGGUAUCCUCAAGAAAGAAGACUUUGAGCGGACAGUGCUGACCCUGGCCUACACAGCGUACCGCACCGCCCUGUCCCAAGGGUACCAGAAGGACAUCUGGGCCCAGGCCCUCAUUAGCCUCUUCCAGGCUCUGAGGCAUGACUUGAUGCGAUCCUCAGGCCCCACAGUGUCCCCCUCAGAGCCUGGCCCACACCAGGACCUUGAACCAGGGACCAGCACACAAUAAUCUAGAAAGCUCAUCCUCUACUCCACAUAUAGUGACCACCAACAAAACUCGUGUCAGGGCAGCAGGGAUAAGAGGCGCCUGUGUCAUUGCCCAUCACAGUGUGACCUGAGCUGUAAUAAAGACUUUAGACUCAUCCAAGAUGUCUGCAGAGGCAGCACAGCUUGCCUGGGACCCCCAGAAAUCUAAGAUUGCUGCAAUGUAGAGCAAUCAACAUAUACCUGAGAGGGGACAGAGCUAGAGAAGACACAAAGAGAUUGGGUGCGGGGGAUAAAAGGGACAGAUUUAUUGGAUCCUACGGACCAGGGCAUUAGGUUGAAUGAACCUUUUCUCCAUAGUAAUAUAAAGGAUAAACCUGACUUUUCCAAAAGCCAUCCAGAAGAAUCAGUUAGAAAACCAGUAGUUUUAUGACCUGGGUGUCUGGAUUCAUCCUUUCUGAACGCUAUUCUCACAGAGAGGAGAAACGGGAGGGGGGCCCAGAAAUGCCACCAUUCCCUCCACACCCCGUCCUCUAACAGAGAUACCAAGUGAACACAAAGAGGGGAUCCUGAUGCAGAGGGGGCACUGGCACCCAUGCCCGUCUGCCACAACAGCCUCGUCAGAGAGUUAAGUGCACCAGAGAGAAAUGAUCCUCAGGUGACAGCGUUUUACCCUUUCAACAUUUUCAUUUUAGAAACAACGACUUGGUAUCAAUUUUAGACAUAUAUGAUACCAAAUAAAAGACAUUUCACACACACAUAUAUAUAUAUAGCUAAUCAUUUUGACCACCUCAUAAUGAAGAAGUUGGAUAAGAUAAUCUCUAAGAUUCCUUCUACCUACUAAAUUUCUACACACAUUUAACGACUGUGAAAUACUACAUAGGGAAAUGGACUUCUGAUACGUCUGGCAAGACCCCAGGCUCUGCUAGUUCUUGUGUCCCUUUUUGAGUUCUCUUCUGCAUUCCUCUCUGUCAGGUUAAGAGAUCAUUUUUCAUUGCUUCAUUACAUGACAUCCAAUAUUUCAUUGUAAUAACAGAGAGUGUUUCACUGUUACCAACUUGCCCUUUGCAGUUUGUUCUUCCUUGCUUGAAAAGUAAGAUAACUGAAAAGGGCCUGCUAUUGUUCUGUGUUAAACAAGAGUUAAUAGAUGAAGGAGUAAAGUACCUGAUAAGGAUUCCUCACCAGCACAGGGAUCUUUCUGGCUUCUCUUCCUCAGUUUACAGCUGAGUCCUAGAGGCUAAAACUGCAAGAAGUCUGCUCUUAGAAGGAGUGGGAUUCACUGAGUUUAAUUUGAUUCUGUAAAAAGUAGUUAGCAAGUGUCAUUUGAUGAGAAGGAGGUCUGGACUUCCUCUAAAUCUUUGAUCAAAUCAGCUUCUAGAUCAGCACUAGGCCCGUGGUCAUAGGCCCAAUUCUGAACAUCUGUUUACAUCUUCAGGUCUCUGUCUUCUGGUCGAUUUUUGCUCACUCCCUCUCUCGUGCAUGUUUAUCAUAUAGUGAUUAUGUUCAGUUUGGGUGUUUGAUACACAUACACUUCUCCUCUUGAUCAUUUUUACUCUCUGUCCUCGAUUCCUCCCACCACCACCCCCUUCCUGUACUACAACAAUGCAGCAUCUUUCCACUUCCUUUGUACAGGACAAAGGCUGAUGUGCAGACAGAGUUGGGACUGCCAGAGGAAAUGGUCGUCAUAGCUCACCUUUGCUCUCUGUACUUUUGCUGGCAGUGGGGAGGGACCCACAAUGGCUUCAGUCCAUACCAUGCAGUGGGCUGACAGUUUUUCGUCCCACCCUGAAACUCUAUCCCCCCGCCAAGUGGAUCUGAGAGCCUUCCUGUGCUUGUAAUCAUCUGGUAGAAAGGUCCAUCUGUGUAUUCCUGCUGGACCUCAUGGCAUGGAGGGCUGCUCCCAGGGGCAGGAGAUCUGUGAAAGAGAGGUUUGUUCCCAGGACCACUGGUAGCAAUGGUAGUUUAUUCACCCACAACAAAGAUGAAAGACACUUUACAGACAUAGGUCAGGGCUUGAAUUUAUGUGGCAGUCGAUGCCAUAGGAGGGAAAAAAAAGCAGGACAUGACUUUUGAAAAGACAAAUGAAGACUCCACUUUCAGUAACUAGAUUCUUAAUUUAAGUCUAAAGAAAGUCUUUUUAACCACAGGGUUUUAUAACAAUGACUUUAUUGACAUACAGAAUCAAAUACUAUACUAACCAACAUUACUCAAAAACUCUACCCUUUGCCCAAUGAACAGUAGAGAAAUGGACAGAAACAGACUCUCAAAAAUAAUGAUAAUAAUAAUAAUAAUAAUGAAAGACUCUCCCAUUUUGCAUCCUCUGUGCAACAUUCAGCCACAGUCUUGGGUGGACCAUAUUUCAUCAUAUUUACUCAAGAGAAUAAACUGGGGAUGCAAUGUUUAUAGUGGAAACUCAUCUGCAACUCAUGGGGCCAUUUCUGCCAUUUCUACACUGCUAGGAAAUUUCAGGAUCCAGGCUCUGGAAGCUCCCUAUAUAGUUGGCAUCCUCAACAUCCUGAAUGUUACCCCCCACCAUGUCACAAACAUCUUUUGUGCUAAAACUGAUUGCUCUCUCGUCUCACCUUGAGUAUAAUGAAAAGAGAAUCACAUAAGGAAUACAUCAGUGAAAAGGUAACUGGUCAGGUAAACAGGUCUAGAACUAAAUAUCCAUUACAUGGCGUCACACAACAAAUUUCCUAAUAUUUUAAUUUCUUACAUGUUUUUCUUGUUUUAAAAAAUGACAUAAAAUUUUUCAUUUUAACUAUGUAAGCAAACAGUACAGUAGUGUAAACUAUAUGCACACUGUUCCUUUUUGUCUGCAUGUCUAAAGACACAUCUAGGGCCUCCCAAAUGCUAGGCAAGUGCUUUGUCACUGAGCUAUGCCCCAGCCACAUUACUGUGCAACAGAUCUUGAGAACUUCAUCUCAAAAAUCCUAAGCUCUAUAUACUCAUUAAAUAACUUCCCUUUGUCCCUUCCCCGCAACACUUGGCAACCAAUCAUUCUAGUUCUUGUUCUUAAGAGUUUGACCACUUUGCCUAUCUCACACAAGUAGACUCUAUCUUCUGUUUCUUGAGCAUUGGAUGUGGAAAAGUAUUUUCUUUGUCUGAAAAAUGGAUAGAGUCUCGAAGGAGAACUACUCCUCUUAGUGUGUCGCUUGGCUUACCUAAUUUGACUUACAAAUAUUAAUCUAUGACCUAAUAAAAUACCACAGUCAAGUUGCUAAAUUCACUGGAAUCUGUUAUUCUCAGAUUAUCUCACCAAGAAGACUGUUUCCUAGGUU